AAUUGGUUGAGGGCUGGCUGACGUCAGGGGGCGGGGUCCGGCCGUGAAUCGGGGCAGCAUGGGGCAGCCGGGCCUCUCGCACACGGGGCUGUGGCUGAGUAGGGCCAUGAGCCGAUGCAUUUUGGAACCCCGGCCCCCGGGGAAGCGGUGGCUGGUGGUCGGGCUGGGGAACCCUGGAAUGCCCGGCACGCGGCACAGCGUGGGCAUGGCGGUGCUGGGGCAGCUGGCGCGGCGGCUGGGUGUGGCGGAGAGUUGGGCGCGCGACCGGCGCUGUGCCGCCGACCUCGCCCUGGCCUCGCUCGGUGAUGCCCAGCUGGUCCUUCUCCGGCCACGGCGGCUCAUGAACGUCAACGGGCGCAGCGUGGCCCGGGCCGCGGAGCUGUUCGGGCUGACUGCUGAGGAAGUCUACCUGGUACAUGAUGAGCUGGACAAGCCGCUGGGGAAACUGGCUCUGAAGUUGGGAGGAAGCGCCAGGGGCCACAAUGGAGUCCGUUCCUGUAUUAGCUGUCUCAACUCCAACGCAAUGCCACGGCUGCGGGUGGGCAUCGGGCGCCCCACACACCCGGAUGCAGUGCAGGCCCAUGUGCUGGGCCGCUUCUCCCCCGCCGAGCAGGAGCUGCUGCCUCCAUUGCUGGAGCGCGCCGCCGACCUGCUCCUGGACCACAUCCGUGAGAGGAGCCAGGGGCCUUCGUUGGGCCCCUGAUGCCAGUGGACCCAGCUGCCUGCCUGCGCCUGUUGUGCCCACAUGCCCACCCACAUCCACAGACGUGCCACGCUGACCUGUGAUAUCUGUUUUUAUAUAACUCUUCUCUGGGCUGUCCCCAGGCCACCUGUGGACUGAAGGGAGCAACUAUAGCGGGAACGGUCCAUUUCUAGGAGAGGAGGUUGGUCUCUCUGUGUCCUACUUAGAAAGUAGGGAAACUUCAGGAAGACUAAACUUUUUGAACCUUUUUGGAGAACCAGAGGUGUGAAUCUGUAAAAAUAAAGGUACCCACUUGGAAGCUGAGGCCUCCUCAGGGCGUUCCCACCUCUCCCCUGCCUCUGGAGGAGGGGCCCACAGGUCCAGCAAUCCCCUAUCCCAGGGGAUGUGUGGGCAUGUCUUAUCCCACUGAGGCCUUGGCACACCUUUCUUCAGCCCAUUUUACGGAUGGGAAAAUGGAGGCUUAGAGAGGUCCAGCCACAUCCCCAGGGCCACACAGCCACAGCAUGGUAUAGCCAUGAUCUGCACCCAGGGUUGCCAUCUUGCUGUCCCUGGGGCCCCUGGCACCCUCACCUCAAGGCUGCCAUGUGCCUGUAAGUUUCCCACACGGGUGGUGUGUGAGAGCAGCCUGAGGUCCUCAGGGUUGGGUGGGAUGUGGAUCCGUCGAGGCACCAGGCCCAGGUCCCCAAGCUGGUAGGGUGUGAUGCUGGAUAGCUGCUGCAGCAGAGACCCAGUCUUGAGUGGCUGGGUCCUGGACCGUCUGCGGGGAGAGGGUGGUGUCAUCAUCUCCAUUUCACAGAUGAAGGAGCUGAGAUUCAGAGAGGCUCUGGGGAGCCAGAUUUCCAGCCCAGGCUCAGCUGAGGACAGCCCUUGGACAAGUCCCACAGCUGCUUCCUCUGAAGUCACACAGGGUCACUCACUCACCUCUCCUUGUGCGGGCCACAGGGCUGGCUCUCCUGAUGGGAACACACAGCCAUCUGGGGGCUCAGGACCGUGGCUGAGCUGAGCAUCACCAGCAGCUGCUGCAGCAUCUCCUUGCGCUGCAGCUGGAACACUACAUCGAAGUCACCAUCCUCCUUGUCUGGCUGCAUCUGCCGGUAGGGGUGGGCCCAUGGGGCCAGGUCCUUAAGUCAGGCCCCAGCACCCACCUCUGGGAGACCCUAACCCCAGGGCCUGUUUCCUCAAAGCGUUUGCUGGCUAUGGUGGGAUACCCAUUCUCCUAAUGAGAAGGCUGAGACCUGAGGCCUUCCAGGGCCUCAGAGGACUCCAUCCAGCUCCUUCGAGACUUCGAAGGGACCCCUGAAGUGCAGAAUCAGAAAAAGACAGACUUGCCAGGAGUCUCUCAGGGGAAGAUGGGGCCUCUGGCUUGGCCAUCUCUGAGUGGCCCAGUUACCUCUGAGCAGUUUCUGUCCUAGGCUCACCCCCACCCGCCCUCCACUUUCACCCACUUCCAGUUCACCUGCAUAAUGUCCCGGAGGAAGGAGGUGGCCUGGGCCAGGGCCUUCUCCAGGCUUGCCCGAGCCUUCUGCUCUUCUGUCAGCUGCUGCUGUAGCCACUGCACCUCGGCCUGCUGCUGCUCCAGCUGUAGGUUCAUCUGGUCUCUCUGGCUCCUGGUCCCGGGACUAGGACAAGUCAGCCACCUCCCUGUUCUAGGGUGAUGGGCCCUGCCUUUUCUCUCCAGCCCACAGGGGCCCUCACCAGCCCCAGACCUCAGCCUGUUUGACAGACAAAGCCUCAACGCCCCUCCAGAGAGGGGAAGUCGCUGGCCCGUGUCGUGUGGCCAUAAAGGGAUGGGUUCCCACCUGCUCCCGCCGCUCGCCCUUCCGCAGGCCGCACCUCAGUGCCUGGUUGUCCUUCUGCAGCUGCAGGAGGCCCUGCUCCUGUUGGCUCAGCAGGAGGCGGAGCUGCUCGGCCUCCGCCAUGCCCUGCUGCUGCUCGCGGCACUUCUCCGUCAGCAUGAGGAUGAUCUGCAGUGUGGCAGGUGGCCGUGGCCUGGGCUUGCCAUCGACCCUCAGCCCAGCCCCGCUCCCCCAGCUCCGGACUCAGUGAGGGCUUGCCCCGCUGGACAGAGAGGCCAGCCAAGGCCCUGGGAACCCAGCAUCUCUCUAGCAGCAGCUGGGUCCCCAGAGUUGGGUCCCACUUCAACCUGUUAUGGGGGCUUUAGACCAAAUAUAAACCAGAUGUGGCCAGAGCCCCCCAGGGAGGGCCCCAUCCCCUUGUUGCUGCCUCCCUCGUGAUUCUGAUCCACCCCUGCUGGACUGUAUUUGCCUCAAGGGCAAGGCUCCUAGGGUUCCCUCCUGCCUUCGGUGCCAAACACCCCGUGAUGAGGGCCUAGAGGGCACACCUUCUGGUGGCCUUUGCUGUGCCUGGCCAUGACCUUCUGGGAGUUCUCGAGCAGCUCCAGCUGUUUGCACAAGUUGUCCUGGGUGCCUCUGAGCUGCUCAUUCUCCUGUAGCAGCUGCAUGCCUUGCCGCGAUACCUUGGUCAGCUGCAGGGUCACCGCGUUAUUCUCCAUGAUGGCCCGCUUCGUCGUGUCCCACAUCUGGUUCUUGGCCACCUUGUGGAACUCGGAAGCCACCAAGUUCACGCGCUGGAUGAUUUCCUUCCUCAGUCUAAUCCGGGUGGGGGGGAGUGGGGGGGUGGGCGCAGGCCUCAGGCACCCCCUGCCUAUGUGGGGGUCUCCAGAGCACUGAGGGCCCUUUUAUGCUCUAUCCCCCAAGGGCCAGGGGCACAGUCAGGAGGUUUUUACUGUAGGUCCUUUGUACCUUUGCAAUUUUGGACAAUAUCAAUGUAUUGUUGCCUAUUAAAUAAAUAUAAUUUAAGCCACAAAAA